GAUCUGUCAUUUGUGAUUAUUCAAAAGUUGCGAUGUUUUUGUUGGAUCUAUAUUCUCUCCUUUUUCGCUCUGGAGGUGUGUUCUUGUCAUACCUUUUAUAUGGUAUUUAUCAAGAAAAAAUCACGAAAACUAAGUAUGGCACUGGAAUGGAAUUGUUCGAUUUCUAUUUCUCUCUUUUGCUUUACCAGUGCAUAAUAAAUUUCAUAUUCUCGCGAAUAGCCCUCCUCUUUUGUCCGGAGCCACCAGUUUCUUCCGCGGGAUAUAAGUUUAGCAUAUGUGGAUUUAGUUAUAUUACCGCAAUGUACACAAGUAAUACUAGUCUAAAGUAUGUCGCUUACCCCACACAGGUGAUAGGGAAGUCCAUUAAACCAAUACCUGUAAUGUUGCUGAGUGUUUUACUAGCUAGGCGCCGUUAUCCAUUGCAGAAAUACAUUUUUGUUUUGAUGAUUUCUCUCGGCGUGGCAUUUUUCAUGUUCAGAGGACAUUCAGCUGCAACCUCCUUAAGUAACUUCGGCUUUGGAGAAUGUCUUUUGAUUUGUUCAUUACUUCUCGAUGGCGUUACUGGCGGAGUUCAAGAAGACCUUAAAAAACAUAAUGUGGGUCCCUAUACUCUAAUGAUGCGUAUUAACCUCUGGUCCAUUAUUUACAUAGUGCCAGCAAUGGUAUUCUCUGGAGAAAUUUUACCGUUUAUUGAGUUUAUCAAACGAUAUCCACGUAUAAUUUAUGAUAUGAGUAUUUUUGGGUUGACAAGUGCUGUUGGCCAGAUAUUCCUAUUUGGUUUGAUCACAAACUUCAGUCCAUUAACUUGUGCGAUUGUGACUACAACAAGAAAAUUUUUCACAGUUCUCUUCUCAAUUGUUAUAUUUGGUCAUAUUAUGACAACAUACCAGUGGAUAGGAACGGUAUUAAUAUUUUCUGGCCUAUUACUUGAUCAGAUCUACGGCAAAACACGUGUUAAACAGUCGUCCAAAGAUACAAAUAACAUCAAUGGGACAGUGAAUUCAGUUAAAAGUUAUCGAGAAUUUGAAAAGAAAAGUGAAUAAUUUACUGCUUAUCCGAAAAAUGUAUCAAAUACAUGAAUAAUUUCUUUUUGUAUUUAGGCCAAUGUAAUUUUUCUGCUUUCUUAAUCUAUAUUUCUUACUUUUGGAUUUCCGACUGACUAUAUGUUUCAUUUGUAAUGUUAUCUCUGGUAAAGAUGGUUUUAAUCAAUGAUCCAUAAGAGAUUUGAAGUUAAUGAUCACCAAAAAGAAAACGAAGAAACGACUUUAGUAUUUGUUUUCA